AUGUCCGACAGUCGGACCAUCGACAAACGCUUUUGGGAGUUAAAACAAACCCACGCUAGGCGCGGUAAAUCUGGGCCGCCCGCUCUAUCGAUAGCUCUGCCUAGGAAACAUGUGUUGGUUCCUCACGCGCACUGCGUUGGCGGCAAGAGAAAACCCCGCCGCGGGAAUUCCUAUGUAUUUCUGGCGUCACUUGCUUUGAACGGGGCCGUCCUGAAUCAGCCGUCUGUGUUUCGUGCGAUGCUCCGGUUGGAGGAGUUGGGUGGCGGGUACCGAGUUAUCCGCGGCUGUCUAUAUCUCGAGAGGUUCGAUGAUGAGGUGGGGGAGAUGGGGUAG